AUGGAGCUCGGGGAUGCCUGGUACAGCUUGACGCAACCGCUCUCCAGAUUCCGGUCUUCGAAGGCCUCACGACGAUUGUGUUUGAAAGAUGGAGCUCAUACAGCUUUGGGCAAGAGCAACAUCAGAAGUAUGUUCUGCCUCGUCGUAAACUACGUUAUAUUAUUGCCCAAUCCUAGGACAAGCCCUGGAGCUCAGGUAUCCUCAUGUUUCAGCACUUUAAUGGAUGCACGUACUCUACAAAGAAUCUUCCUCCUGAGUCCUCAUCUGAGGGGCUGGUGGUGCCGUGUUAGCUACAGAACAAAGGCUGCUGGAGGCGUCAUUCCAUGA